ACGGACUGCCUUCCAAGACGGACUGCCUUACCAAGACGGACUGCCUUACCAAGACGGACUGCCUUACCAAGACGGACUGCCUUACCAAGACGGACUGCCUUUCCAAGACGGACUGCCUUACCAAGACGGACUGCCUUACCAAGACGGACUGCCUUACCAAGACGGACUGCCUUACCAAGACGGACUGCCUUACCAAGACGGACUGCCUUACCAAGACGGACUGCCUUACCAAGACGGACUGCCUUACCAAGACGGACUGCCUUACCAAGACGGACUGCCUUACCAAGACGGACUGCCUUACCAAGACGGACUGCCUUACCAAGACGGACUGCCUUACCAAGACGGACUGCCUUACCAAGACGGACUGCCUUACCAAGACGGACUGCCUUACCAAGACGGACUGCCUUACCAAGACGGACUGCCUUACCAAGACGGACUGCCUUACCAAGACGGACUGCCUUACCAAGACGGACUGCCUUACCAAGACGGACUGCCUUACCAAGACGGACUGCCUUACCAAGACGGACUGCCUUACCAAGACGGACUGCCUUACCAAGACGGACUGCCUUACCAAGACGGACUGCCUUACCAAGACGGACUGCCUUACCAAGACGGACUGCCUUACCAAGACGGACUGCCUUACCAAGACGGACUGCCUUACCAAGACGGACUGCCUUACCAAGACGGACUGCCUUACCAAGACGGACUGCCUUACCAAGACGGACUGCCUUACCAAGACGGACUGCCUUACCAAGACGGACUGCCUUACCAAGACGGACUGCCUUACCAAGACGGACUGCCUUACCAAGACGGACUGCCUUACCAAGACGGACUGCCUUACCAAGACGGACUGCCUUACCAAGACGGACUGCCUUACCAAGACGGACUGCCUUACCAAGACGGACUGCCUUACCAAGACGGACUGCCUUACCAAGACGGACUGCCUUACCAAGACGGACUGCCUUACCAAGACGGACUGCCUUACCAAGACGGACUGCCUUACCAAGACGGACUGCCUUACCAAGACGGACUGCCUUACCAAGACGGACUGCCUUACCAAGACGGACUGCCUUACCAAGACGGACUGCCUUACCAAGACGGACUGCCUUACCAAGACGGACUGCCUUACCAAGACGGACUGCCUUACCAAGACGGACUGCCUUACCAAGACGGACUGCCUUACCAAGACGGACUGCCUUACCAAGACGGACUGCCUUACCAAGACGGACUGCCUUACCAAGACGGACUGCCUUACCAAGACGGACUGCCUUACCAAGACGGACUGCCUUACCAAGACGGACUGCCUUACCAAGACGGACUGCCUUACCAAGACGGACUGCCUUACCAAGACGGACUGCCUUACCAAGACGGACUGCCUUACCAAGACGGACUGCCUUACCAAGACGGACUGCCUUACCAAGACGGACUGCCUUACCAAGACGGACUGCCUUACCAAGACGGACUGCCUUACCAAGACGGACUGCCUUACCAAGACGGACUGCCUUACCAAGACGGACUGCCUUACCAAGACGGACUGCCUUACCAAGACGGACUGCCUUACCAAGACGGACUGCCUUACCAAGACGGACUGCCUUACCAAGACGGACUGCCUUACCAAGACGGACUGCCUUACCAAGACGGACUGCCUUACCAAGACGGACUGCCUUACCAAGACGGACUGCCUUACCAAGACGGACUGCCUUACCAAGACGGACUGCCUUACCAAGACGGACUGCCUUACCAAGACGGACUGCCUUACCAAGACGGACUGCCUUACCAAGACGGACUGCCUUACCAAGACGGACUGCCUUUCCAAGACGGACUGCCUUACCAAGACGGACUGCCUUACCAAGACGGACUGCCUUACCAAGACGGACUGCCUUACCAAGACGGACUGCCUUACCAAGACGGACUGCCUUACCAAGACGGACUGCCUUACCAAGACGGACUGCCUUACCAAGACGGACUGCCUUACCAAGACGGACUGCCUUACCAAGACGGACUGCCUUACCAAGACGGACUGCCUUACCAAGACGGACUGCCUUACCAAGACGGACUGCCUUACCAAGACGGACUGCCUUACCAAGACGGACUGCCUUACCAAGACGGACUGCCUUACCAAGACGGACUGCCUUACCAAGACGGACUGCCUUACCAAGACGGACUGCCUUACCAAGACGGACUGCCUUACCAAGACGGACUGCCUUACCAAGACGGACUGCCUUACCAAGACGGACUGCCUUACCAAGACGGACUGCCUUACCAAGACGGACUGCCUUACCAAGACGGACUGCCUUACCAAGACGGACUGCCUUACCAAGACGGACUGCCUUACCAAGACGGACUGCCUUACCAAGACGGACUGCCUUACCAAGACGGACUGCCUUACCAAGACGGACUGCCUUACCAAGACGGACUGCCUUACCAAGACGGACUGCCUUACCAAGACGGACUGCCUUACCAAGACGGACUGCCUUACCAAGACGGACUGCCUUACCAAGACGGACUGCCUUACCAAGACGGACUGCCUUACCAAGACGGACUGCCUUUCCAAGACGGACUGCCUUACCAAGACGGACUGCCUUACCAAGACGGACUGCCUUACCAAGACGGACUGCCUUACCAAGACGGACUGCCUUACCAAGACGGACUGCCUUACCAAGACGGACUGCCUUACCAAGACGGACUGCCUUACCAAGACGGACUGCCUUACCAAGACGGACUGCCUUACCAAGACGGACUGCCUUACCAAGACGGACUGCCUUACCAAGACGGACUGCCUUACCAAGACGGACUGCCUUACCAAGACGGACUGCCUUACCAAGACGGACUGCCUUACCAAGACGGACUGCCUUACCAAGACGGACUGCCUUACCAAGACGGACUGCCUUACCAAGACGGACUGCCUUACCAAGACGGACUGCCUUACCAAGACGGACUGCCUUACCAAGACGGACUGCCUUACCAAGACGGACUGCCUUACCAAGACGGACUGCCUUACCAAGACGGACUGCCUUACCAAGACGGACUGCCUUACCAAGACGGACUGCCUUACCAAGACGGACUGCCUUACCAAGACGGACUGCCUUACCAAGACGGACUGCCUUACCAAGACGGACUGCCUUACCAAGACGGACUGCCUUACCAAGACGGACUGCCUUACCAAGACGGACUGCCUUACCAAGACGGACUGCCUUACCAAGACGGACUGCCUUACCAAGACGGACUGCCUUACCAAGACGGACUGCCUUACCAAGACGGACUGCCUUACCAAGACGGACUGCCUUACCAAGACGGACUGCCUUACCAAGACGGACUGCCUUACCAAGACGGACUGCCUUACCAAGACGGACUGCCUUACCAAGACGGACUGCCUUACCAAGACGGACUGCCUUACCAAGACGGACUGCCUUACCAAGACGGACUGCCUUACCAAGACGGACUGCCUUACCAAGACGGACUGCCUUACCAAGACGGACUGCCUUACCAAGACGGACUGCCUUACCAAGACGGACUGCCUUACCAAGACGGACUGCCUUACCAAGACGGACUGCCUUACCAAGACGGACUGCCUUACCAAGACGGACUGCCUUACCAAGACGGACUGCCUUACCAAGACGGACUGCCUUACCAAGACGGACUGCCUUACCAAGACGGACUGCCUUACCAAGACGGACUGCCUUACCAAGACGGACUGCCUUACCAAGACGGACUGCCUUACCAAGACGGACUGCCUUACCAAGACGGACUGCCUUACCAAGACGGACUGCCUUACCAAGACGGACUGCCUUACCAAGACGGACUGCCUUACCAAGACGGACUGCCUUACCAAGACGGACUGCCUUACCAAGACGGACUGCCUUACCAAGACGGACUGCCUUACCAAGACGGACUGCCUUACCAAGACGGACUGCCUUACCAAGACGGACUGCCUUACCAAGACGGACUGCCUUACCAAGACGGACUGCCUUACCAAGACGGACUGCCUUACCAAGACGGACUGCCUUACCAAGACGGACUGCCUUACCAAGACGGACUGCCUUACCAAGACGGACUGCCUUACCAAGACGGACUGCCUUACCAAGACGGACUGCCUUACCAAGACGGACUGCCUUACCAAGACGGACUGCCUUACCAAGACGGACUGCCUUACCAAGACGGACUGCCUUACCAAGACGGACUGCCUUACCAAGACGGACUGCCUUACCAAGACGGACUGCCUUACCAAGACGGACUGCCUUACCAAGACGGACUGCCUUACCAAGACGGACUGCCUUACCAAGACGGACUGCCUUACCAAGACGGACUGCCUUACCAAGACGGACUGCCUUACCAAGACGGACUGCCUUACCAAGACGGACUGCCUUACCAAGACGGACUGCCUUACCAAGACGGACUGCCUUACCAAGACGGACUGCCUUACCAAGACGGACUGCCUUACCAAGACGGACUGCCUUACCAAGACGGACUGCCUUACCAAGACGGACUGCCUUACCAAGACGGACUGCCUUACCAAGACGGACUGCCUUACCAAGACGGACUGCCUUACCAAGACGGACUGCCUUACCAAGACGGACUGCCUUACCAAGACGGACUGCCUUACCAAGACGGACUGCCUUACCAAGACGGACUGCCUUACCAAGACGGACUGCCUUACCAAGACGGACUGCCUUACCAAGACGGACUGCCUUACCAAGACGGACUGCCUUACCAAGACGGACUGCCUUACCAAGACGGACUGCCUUACCAAGACGGACUGCCUUACCAAGACGGACUGCCUUACCAAGACGGACUGCCUUACCAAGACGGACUGCCUUACCAAGACGGACUGCCUUACCAAGACGGACUGCCUUACCAAGACGGACUGCCUUACCAAGACGGACUGCCUUACCAAGACGGACUGCCUUACCAAGACGGACUGCCUUACCAAGACGGACUGCCUUACCAAGACGGACUGCCUUACCAAGACGGACUGCCUUACCAAGACGGACUGCCUUACCAAGACGGACUGCCUUACCAAGACGGACUGCCUUACCAAGACGGACUGCCUUACCAAGACGGACUGCCUUACCAAGACGGACUGCCUUACCAAGACGGACUGCCUUACCAAGACGGACUGCCUUACCAAGACGGACUGCCUUACCAAGACGGACUGCCUUACCAAGACGGACUGCCUUACCAAGACGGACUGCCUUACCAAGACGGACUGCCUUACCAAGACGGACUGCCUUACCAAGACGGACUGCCUUACCAAGACGGACUGCCUUACCAAGACGGACUGCCUUACCAAGACGGACUGCCUUACCAAGACGGACUGCCUUACCAAGACGGACUGCCUUACCAAGACGGACUGCCUUACCAAGACGGACUGCCUUACCAAGACGGACUGCCUUACCAAGACGGACUGCCUUACCAAGACGGACUGCCUUACCAAGACGGACUGCCUUACCAAGACGGACUGCCUUACCAAGACGGACUGCCUUACCAAGACGGACUGCCUUACCAAGACGGACUGCCUUACCAAGACGGACUGCCUUACCAAGACGGACUGCCUUACCAAGACGGACUGCCUUACCAAGACGGACUGCCUUACCAAGACGGACUGCCUUACCAAGACGGACUGCCUUACCAAGACGGACUGCCUUACCAAGACGGACUGCCUUACCAAGACGGACUGCCUUACCAAGACGGACUGCCUUACCAAGACGGACUGCCUUACCAAGACGGACUGCCUUACCAAGACGGACUGCCUUACCAAGACGGACUGCCUUACCAAGACGGACUGCCUUACCAAGACGGACUGCCUUACCAAGACGGACUGCCUUACCAAGACGGACUGCCUUACCAAGACGGACUGCCUUACCAAGACGGACUGCCUUACCAAGACGGACUGCCUUACCAAGACGGACUGCCUUACCAAGACGGACUGCCUUACCAAGACGGACUGCCUUACCAAGACGGACUGCCUUACCAAGACGGACUGCCUUACCAAGACGGACUGCCUUACCAAGACGGACUGCCUUACCAAGACGGACUGCCUUACCAAGACGGACUGCCUUACCAAGACGGACUGCCUUACCAAGACGGACUGCCUUACCAAGACGGACUGCCUUACCAAGACGGACUGCCUUACCAAGACGGACUGCCUUACCAAGACGGACUGCCUUACCAAGACGGACUGCCUUACCAAGACGGACUGCCUUACCAAGACGGACUGCCUUACCAAGACGGACUGCCUUACCAAGACGGACUGCCUUACCAAGACGGACUGCCUUACCAAGACGGACUGCCUUACCAAGACGGACUGCCUUACCAAGACGGACUGCCUUACCAAGACGGACUGCCUUACCAAGACGGACUGCCUUACCAAGACGGACUGCCUUACCAAGACGGACUGCCUUACCAAGACGGACUGCCUUACCAAGACGGACUGCCUUACCAAGACGGACUGCCUUACCAAGACGGACUGCCUUACCAAGACGGACUGCCUUACCAAGACGGACUGCCUUACCAAGACGGACUGCCUUACCAAGACGGACUGCCUUACCAAGACGGACUGCCUUACCAAGACGGACUGCCUUACCAAGACGGACUGCCUUACCAAGACGGACUGCCUUACCAAGACGGACUGCCUUACCAAGACGGACUGCCUUACCAAGACGGACUGCCUUACCAAGACGGACUGCCUUACCAAGACGGACUGCCUUACCAAGACGGACUGCCUUACCAAGACGGACUGCCUUACCAAGACGGACUGCCUUACCAAGACGGACUGCCUUACCAAGACGGACUGCCUUACCAAGACGGACUGCCUUACCAAGACGGACUGCCUUACCAAGACGGACUGCCUUACCAAGACGGACUGCCUUACCAAGACGGACUGCCUUACCAAGACGGACUGCCUUACCAAGACGGACUGCCUUACCAAGACGGACUGCCUUACCAAGACGGACUGCCUUACCAAGACGGACUGCCUUACCAAGACGGACUGCCUUACCAAGACGGACUGCCUUACCAAGACGGACUGCCUUACCAAGACGGACUGCCUUACCAAGACGGACUGCCUUACCAAGACGGACUGCCUUACCAAGACGGACUGCCUUACCAAGACGGACUGCCUUACCAAGACGGACUGCCUUACCAAGACGGACUGCCUUACCAAGACGGACUGCCUUACCAAGACGGACUGCCUUACCAAGACGGACUGCCUUACCAAGACGGACUGCCUUACCAAGACGGACUGCCUUACCAAGACGGACUGCCUUACCAAGACGGACUGCCUUACCAAGACGGACUGCCUUACCAAGACGGACUGCCUUACCAAGACGGACUGCCUUACCAAGACGGACUGCCUUACCAAGACGGACUGCCUUACCAAGACGGACUGCCUUACCAAGACGGACUGCCUUUCCAAGACGGACUGCCUUACCAAGACGGACUGCCUUACCAAGACGGACUGCCUUACCAAGACGGACUGCCUUACCAAGACGGACUGCCUUACCAAGACGGACUGCCUUACCAAGACGGACUGCCUUACCAAGACGGACUGCCUUACCAAGACGGACUGCCUUACCAAGACGGACUGCCUUACCAAGACGGACUGCCUUACCAAGACGGACUGCCUUACCAAGACGGACUGCCUUACCAAGACGGACUGCCUUACCAAGACGGACUGCCUUACCAAGACGGACUGCCUUACCAAGACGGACUGCCUUACCAAGACGGACUGCCUUACCAAGACGGACUGCCUUACCAAGACGGACUGCCUUACCAAGACGGACUGCCUUACCAAGACGGACUGCCUUACCAAGACGGACUGCCUUACCAAGACGGACUGCCUUACCAAGACGGACUGCCUUACCAAGACGGACUGCCUUACCAAGACGGACUGCCUUACCAAGACGGACUGCCUUACCAAGACGGACUGCCUUACCAAGACGGACUGCCUUACCAAGACGGACUGCCUUACCAAGACGGACUGCCUUACCAAGACGGACUGCCUUACCAAGACGGACUGCCUUACCAAGACGGACUGCCUUACCAAGACGGACUGCCUUACCAAGACGGACUGCCUUACCAAGACGGACUGCCUUACCAAGACGGACUGCCUUACCAAGACGGACUGCCUUACCAAGACGGACUGCCUUACCAAGACGGACUGCCUUACCAAGACGGACUGCCUUACCAAGACGGACUGCCUUACCAAGACGGACUGCCUUACCAAGACGGACUGCCUUACCAAGACGGACUGCCUUACCAAGACGGACUGCCUUACCAAGACGGACUGCCUUACCAAGACGGACUGCCUUACCAAGACGGACUGCCUUACCAAGACGGACUGCCUUACCAAGACGGACUGCCUUACCAAGACGGACUGCCUUACCAAGACGGACUGCCUUACCAAGACGGACUGCCUUACCAAGACGGACUGCCUUACCAAGACGGACUGCCUUACCAAGACGGACUGCCUUUCCAAGACGGACUGCCUUUCCAAGACGGACUGCCUUACCAAGACGGACUGCCUUACCAAGACGGACUGCCUUACCAAGACGGACUGCCUUACCAAGACGGACUGCCUUACCAAGACGGACUGCCUUACCAAGACGGACUGCCUUACCAAGACGGACUGCCUUACCAAGACGGACUGCCUUACCAAGACGGACUGCCUUACCAAGACGGACUGCCUUACCAAGACGGACUGCCUUACCAAGACGGACUGCCUUACCAAGACGGACUGCCUUACCAAGACGGACUGCCUUACCAAGACGGACUGCCUUACCAAGACGGACUGCCUUACCAAGACGGACUGCCUUACCAAGACGGACUGCCUUACCAAGACGGACUGCCUUACCAAGACGGACUGCCUUACCAAGACGGACUGCCUUACCAAGACGGACUGCCUUACCAAGACGGACUGCCUUACCAAGACGGACUGCCUUACCAAGACGGACUGCCUUACCAAGACGGACUGCCUUACCAAGACGGACUGCCUUACCAAGACGGACUGCCUUACCAAGACGGACUGCCUUACCAAGACGGACUGCCUUACCAAGACGGACUGCCUUACCAAGACGGACUGCCUUACCAAGACGGACUGCCUUACCAAGACGGACUGCCUUACCAAGACGGACUGCCUUACCAAGACGGACUGCCUUACCAAGACGGACUGCCUUACCAAGACGGACUGCCUUACCAAGACGGACUGCCUUACCAAGACGGACUGCCUUACCAAGACGGACUGCCUUACCAAGACGGACUGCCUUACCAAGACGGACUGCCUUACCAAGACGGACUGCCUUACCAAGACGGACUGCCUUACCAAGACGGACUGCCUUACCAAGACGGACUGCCUUACCAAGACGGACUGCCUUACCAAGACGGACUGCCUUACCAAGACGGACUGCCUUACCAAGACGGACUGCCUUACCAAGACGGACUGCCUUACCAAGACGGACUGCCUUACCAAGACGGACUGCCUUACCAAGACGGACUGCCUUACCAAGACGGACUGCCUUACCAAGACGGACUGCCUUACCAAGACGGACUGCCUUACCAAGACGGACUGCCUUACCAAGACGGACUGCCUUACCAAGACGGACUGCCUUACCAAGACGGACUGCCUUACCAAGACGGACUGCCUUACCAAGACGGACUGCCUUACCAAGACGGACUGCCUUACCAAGACGGACUGCCUUACCAAGACGGACUGCCUUACCAAGACGGACUGCCUUACCAAGACGGACUGCCUUACCAAGACGGACUGCCUUACCAAGACGGACUGCCUUACCAAGACGGACUGCCUUACCAAGACGGACUGCCUUACCAAGACGGACUGCCUUACCAAGACGGACUGCCUUACCAAGACGGACUGCCUUACCAAGACGGACUGCCUUACCAAGACGGACUGCCUUACCAAGACGGACUGCCUUACCAAGACGGACUGCCUUACCAAGACGGACUGCCUUACCAAGACGGACUGCCUUACCAAGACGGACUGCCUUACCAAGACGGACUGCCUUACCAAGACGGACUGCCUUACCAAGACGGACUGCCUUACCAAGACGGACUGCCUUACCAAGACGGACUGCCUUACCAAGACGGACUGCCUUACCAAGACGGACUGCCUUACCAAGACGGACUGCCUUACCAAGACGGACUGCCUUACCAAGACGGACUGCCUUACCAAGACGGACUGCCUUACCAAGACGGACUGCCUUACCAAGACGGACUGCCUUACCAAGACGGACUGCCUUACCAAGACGGACUGCCUUACCAAGACGGACUGCCUUACCAAGACGGACUGCCUUACCAAGACGGACUGCCUUACCAAGACGGACUGCCUUACCAAGACGGACUGCCUUACCAAGACGGACUGCCUUACCAAGACGGACUGCCUUACCAAGACGGACUGCCUUACCAAGACGGACUGCCUUACCAAGACGGACUGCCUUACCAAGACGGACUGCCUUACCAAGACGGACUGCCUUACCAAGACGGACUGCCUUACCAAGACGGACUGCCUUACCAAGACGGACUGCCUUACCAAGACGGACUGCCUUACCAAGACGGACUGCCUUACCAAGACGGACUGCCUUACCAAGACGGACUGCCUUACCAAGACGGACUGCCUUACCAAGACGGACUGCCUUACCAAGACGGACUGCCUUACCAAGACGGACUGCCUUACCAAGACGGACUGCCUUACCAAGACGGACUGCCUUACCAAGACGGACUGCCUUACCAAGACGGACUGCCUUACCAAGACGGACUGCCUUACCAAGACGGACUGCCUUACCAAGACGGACUGCCUUACCAAGACGGACUGCCUUACCAAGACGGACUGCCUUACCAAGACGGACUGCCUUACCAAGACGGACUGCCUUACCAAGACGGACUGCCUUACCAAGACGGACUGCCUUACCAAGACGGACUGCCUUACCAAGACGGACUGCCUACCAAGACGGACUGCCUUACCAAGACGGACUGCCUUACCAAGACGGACUGCCUUACCAAGACGGACUGCCUUACCAAGACGGACUGCCUUACCAAGACGGACUGCCUUACCAAGACGGACUGCCUUACCAAGACGGACUGCCUUACCAAGACGGACUGCCUUACCAAGACGGACUGCCUUACCAAGACGGACUGCCUUACCAAGACGGACUGCCUUACCAAGACGGACUGCCUUACCAAGACGGACUGCCUUACCAAGACGGACUGCCUUACCAAGACGGACUGCCUUACCAAGACGGACUGCCUUACCAAGACGGACUGCCUUACCAAGACGGACUGCCUUACCAAGACGGACUGCCUUACCAAGACGGACUGCCUCCAAGACGGACUGCCUUACCAAGACGGACUGCCUUACCAAGACGGACUGCCUUACCAAGACGGACUGCCUUACCAAGACGGACUGCCUUACCAAGACGGACUGCCUUACCAAGACGGACUGCCUUACCAAGACGGACUGCCUACCAAGACGGACUGCCUUACCAAGACGGACUGCCUUACCAAGACGGACUGCCUUACCAAGACGGACUGCCUUACCAAGACGGACUGCCUUACCAAGACGGACUGCCUUACCAAGACGGACUGCCUUACCAAGACGGACUGCCUUACCAAGACGGACUGCCUUACCAAGACGGACUGCCUUCCAAGACGGACUGCUUACCAAGACGGACUGCCUUUCCAAGACGGACUGCCUUACCAAGACGGACUGCCUUACCAAGACGGACUGCCUUACCAAGACGGACUGCCUUUCCAAGACGGACUGCCUUUCCAAGACGGACUGCCUUUCCAAGACGGACUGCCUUACCAAGACGGACUGCCUUACCAAGACGGACUGCCUUACCAAGACGGACUGCCUUACCAAGACGGACUGCCUUACCAAGACGGACUGCCUUACCAAGACGGACUGCCUUACCAAGACGGACUGCCUUACCAAGACGGACUGCCUCCAAGACGGACUGCCUUACCAAGACGGACUGCCUUACCAAGACGGACUGCCUUACCAAGACGGACUGCCUUACCAAGACGGACUGCCUUACCAAGACGGACUGCCUUACCAAGACGGACUGCCUUACCAAGACGGACUGCCUUACCAAGACGGACUGCCUUACCAAGACGGACUGCCUUACCAAGACGGACUGCCUUACCAAGACGGACUGCCUUACCAAGACGGACUGCCUUACCAAGACGGACUGCCUUUCCAAGACGGACUGCCUUACCAAGACGGACUGCCUUACCAAGACGGACUGCCUUACCAAGACGGACUGCCUUACCAAGACGGACUGCCUUACCAAGACGGACUGCCUUACCAAGACGGACUGCCUUACCAAGACGGACUGCCUUACCAAGACGGACUGCCUUACCAAGACGGACUGCCUUACCAAGACGGACUGCCUUACCAAGACGGACUGCCUUACCAAGACGGACUGCCUUACCAAGACGGACUGCCUUACCAAGACGGACUGCCUUACCAAGACGGACUGCCUUACCAAGACGGACUGCCUUACCAAGACGGACUGCCUUACCAAGACGGACUGCCUUACCAAGACGGACUGCCUUACCAAGACGGACUGCCUUACCAAGACGGACUGCCUUACCAAGACGGACUGCCUUACCAAGACGGACUGCCUUACCAAGACGGACUGCCUUACCAAGACGGACUGCCUUUCCAAGACGGACUGCCUUACCAAGACGGACUGCCUUACCAAGACGGACUGCCUUACCAAGACGGACUGCCUUACCAAGACGGACUGCCUUACCAAGACGGACUGCCUUACCAAGACGGACUGCCUUACCAAGACGGACUGCCUUACCAAGACGGACUGCCUUACCAAGACGGACUGCCUUACCAAGACGGACUGCCUUACCAAGACGGACUGCCUUACCAAGACGGACUGCCUUACCAAGACGGACUGCCUUACCAAGACGGACUGCCUUACCAAGACGGACUGCCUUACCAAGACGGACUGCCUUACCAAGACGGACUGCCUUACCAAGACGGACUGCCUUACCAAGACGGACUGCCUUACCAAGACGGACUGCCUUACCAAGACGGACUGCCUUACCAAGACGGACUGCCUUACCAAGACGGACUGCCUUACCAAGACGGACUGCCUUACCAAGACGGACUGCCUUACCAAGACGGACUGCCUUACCAAGACGGACUGCCUUACCAAGACGGACUGCCUUACCAAGACGGACUGCCUUACCAAGACGGACUGCCUUACCAAGACGGACUGCCUUACCAAGACGGACUGCCUUACCAAGACGGACUGCCUUACCAAGACGGACUGCCUUACCAAGACGGACUGCCUUACCAAGACGGACUGCCUUACCAAGACGGACUUCCCUACCAAGACGGACUGCCUUACCAAGACGGACUGCCUUACCAAGACGGACUGCCUUACCAAGACGGACUGCCUUACCAAGACGGACUGCCUUACCAAGACGGACUGCCUUACCAAGACGGACUGCCUUACCAAGACGGACUGCCUUACCAAGACGGACUGCCUUACCAAGACGGACUGCCUUACCAAGACGGACUGCCUUCCCAAGACGGACUGCCUUAG